UCUGGCCCUCCGCUGCUAUACAGACGUGAGGUUAGCUAGAGCAUCGUUGGAUAGAUGAACUUGUAUUUCUUAUUUACUUGUGUUUACCAUUCCCUAUCUGUUACAGUAAGACGGACAAGAUUUGAGACAACUGAGGAAAGCGUUAACGAGUGACCAACGAGGAUGUUUAAAAAAUUUGAUGAGAAGGAGAAUGUGUCGAACUGCAUCCAGCUGAAAACGUCAGUGAUCAAAGGCAUAAAAAAUCAGCUAUUGGAUCAAUUCCCUGAAAUCGAGUCAUGGCUCAAUCACAUAAUGCCAAAAAAGGACCCCGUCAAAAUCGUGAGAUGCCAUGAACACAUCGAAAUCUUGACAGUGAAUGGAGAGCUGCUGUUCUUCAGACAGAGAGAAGGACCAUUUUAUCCAACCCUCAGACUGUUGCAUAAAUAUCCUUUCAUUCUGCCACAUCAGCAAGUAGACAAAGGGGCCAUUAAAUUUGUCUUAAGUGGAGCCAACAUCAUGUGUCCCGGGCUGACGUCACCAGGCGCUAAACUCUACCCGGCUGAAGGCGACACAGUAGUUGCCAUAAUGGCAGAGGGCAAACAACAUGCACUUUGUGUUGGCGUCAUGAAGAUGUCUGCAGAAAGCAUAGAAAAAGUCAACAAGGGAAUUGGCAUCGAGAACGUUCACUAUCUGAAUGAUGGAUUGUGGCACAUGAAGACGUAUAAAUGAUGACAUCAGCACCUGCAACGCCCCGCCCCCCACCACCCCACCCCCUGACCACUCCGGGAGAGUGUGGAGCUCUUGACAGCGAGGCAUGAACUGCCAGUCAACUGUUUACACCUACGGACUUAGCUGUGUAACCUGCUGGAGGCUUUGACUCAAUCGCCAUUAUGCACAAAUAAAAGGAAGAUCUUGCUUUAAACCUCAAA